AUGGAGAAAGCUUUUGCCGUAAUGAACUGUACUCCAGAAGAGAAGCUCAGGUUUGGCAUUUAUAUGAUUGAAGGACCUGCAAACGAUUGGUAUAAUGGGGAAAUUAGGAUCAAACAAGGAAAAGAGUUUGAAUCAUGGGCAGAACUGAGGAAGGCGCUCUUUGGGAAAUACUUUACUAGGGACAAGCAGAGGCAACUAGAGCGACAGUUUAUCCGUUUGACACAGGGGAAUAGAUCAGUAGAUGAAUACGAAGUGGAGUUUGAUCGACUAUCCAAGUAUGCUUUGAAGCUAGUGGAAGAUGAUCAGAGUCGGGCGAAUCGAUUCGAGAAGGGGUUACAUACUCACAUUCGUAGGGGACUAGCACCUCUGCAUUUGAGAACUUAUGCUGAAGUGGUGGGAUGCGCUAAGUCCCUAGAUUCUGUUUGGAAGAAUACUCAAGAACAGAAGAAAAGCUUCCAGGAGAAGAGAGGCAGGAAUUUUGACAACCAAAGUACCCGACCUACUAGAGCUGGAGACAGGAACCACUCCAACAAUAGAGUUCAAGCUGAGUCACAAAUAGUCAAAGGACCACCGGAACAUCGACCUCGCAUGUUGCCCCCUAUCCCUCCUCCCUGGACUAACCAACCAAGUUGUGCCACUUGUGGUGGAGCUCACAGGACUAUAGAUUGCAGAUGGGCUUCUGGAGCUUGUUAUAGGUGUGGCAGUCAGGGCCACUGCAUUGCCCAGUGUCCGCAAAUGCUUUCUAAGCCUCAACAGACUUUUAGUGGGCAGAGUUCCAGGAAGGUGGGCAAACCUAAGACUCAGGGACAAGUCUAUCCUCUGACUCAAGAGGAUGCUCAUGCUCAUGCCUCUAAUGCUAUGGUGUUAGGUACCUUACCAGUAUAUUCUGCUUAUGCAUGUGAUUUGUUCGAUUCUGGAGAUAUGCACUCCUUUAUUUCUUCUGCAUUUAUAUGA